ACGCACGCUUUCUUUGCUCGUUCCUCCUAGUCCCUACCCGCGAGGCUGCGACCUCUUCUUGGGGUGCUAAACCAUGGAGACAGAUAGAUUGCUCCUCUAUUGCGCGGUUGUGCUCGCUGUUUAGGCCUACCCUUAUCAACACGUAGGAGCAGGACCAUGCCUUGUAGCUCUGUUGUGAGCAAUUCGUAGAACAGCUUAUGGGCAUCUGGCAAGGUCAAAUCCUGGGUUCUUGUUCCAUGAUUGUCCUCAUAGAUACAUGAUGAAUCCGGCUGCUGGUCUCAGGAAUUUAAGCCUGGUUCUUCGCCUUACACACUGAAACCUCCGUUUGCUAGUCGGUCAGCAGGGCCCUUCCUCUUACUGCGUCUGAAUCUUGUUCGAAAAUAUAUCAGCGAGGUGAAGGCAAAUAUGGCAGAUGCGCUCUUUGUUGUUCUAAAAAAGGUCGCUCUUUCCCUGGGAGAAGGGGCACUGACGAAGAUUGCCAGUGAGGUGGUAGAAGCAGCGCCGAUUUUGACGGAUUUUGAGCAUAGCGUGAAACAAAUCGAGGGCGAGCUCUCGGUUAUGCUGGCCUUCAUUGGGCAGGUUAGAGCGCAGAAAGCCGCUGACAGGGCAUUUGAUGCGUGGUUGGACCAAGUUAGAGAUGUUGCCCAUGAGUUGGAAGACAUUAUUGAUGAGUAUGCUUACCUUACUGUGCAAGCUGCUAAUACAGGCAGCUUCUUCAAGAGAAAGUUCCAUCAGGUCAGGAAUUUUGCUGCAUGGCAGAAAUUACCAACCCGGAUCAGUCAAGUAGAAGCUCGAAUUCGGAGGCUGGCUGAGAUGAGGAAUCAGUAUGGCAUUUCGGUCGGUGAGAUAGACAGGAGUGACAAGUUGCAGAUUCCCAAUCAACUCUCUGUGUCGGAUUCUGCUUACUUAACUGAUAACUCUGAAAUAGUGGGGCAUGCUGAUGAAAUUGGGAUAUUGACACAAUGGCUUCUUGAGGAGAAACAAGACCGGACUCUAAUUGCCAUAAUAGGUAUGGGGGGUUUGGGCAAAACAACUGUUGUGAGCAGUGUAUACAAGAACCAAAAGAUCAGGAGAAGUUUUGAUUGCCACGCAUGGGUUACUGUGUCCCAGACGUACCAAGUCGAAGAGCUUCUGAGAGAAAUCAUAAGUCAGUUAAUAGAGCAGAGAGCAAGUAUGGCAAGUGGUUUAAUGACCAUGAGUCGCAUGAGACUGGUUGAGAAAAUACAGAGCUAUUUGCGGGACAACAAAUAUUUGAUCGUCUUGGAUGAUAUAUGGGACAAGGAUGCUUGGUUAUAUUUGAACCAUGCAUUUGUGGGAAAUAACUGCGGGAGUAAAGUGCUGAUAACAACUCGGAGAAAAGAUGUGUCUUAUUUGGCAGCUCACAACCGCAUAAUUGAACUUAAAACUCUUAACUAUGCUGAAUCUUGGGAACUAUUCUGCAAAAAGGCGUUUUGUGCAUCGAAGGACAACAUAUGUCCUAUGAAUCUUAGAUCUUUGGCAGGGAAAAUUGUUUACAAGUGUCAAGGAUUGCCACUUGCUAUCGUAAUCAUUGGAAGUAUUCUGUCGUACCGUGAAUUAGAUGCACAGGAGUGGUCAUUUUUCUACAACCAACUUAGCUGGCAGUUAGCUAACAAUCCAGAGCUCAGUUGGAUCUCCAGUGUCUUGAAUUUGAGCUUGGAUGAUCUCCCAUGUCAUCUGAGGAGUUGUUUUCUUUACUGCAGCCUGUUUCCUGAAGAUCACAAGAUUAAAAGAAAAUUGAUAGCCAAGUUAUGGAUUGCAGAAGGCCUUGUGGAAGAGAGAGGGGAUGCAGCUACAAUGGAGGAAGUUGCUGAGCAUUACCUUGUAGAGCUAACUCACCGUUCUCUUCUUCAGGUAAUAGAAAGGAAUGCAAGUGGAAGGGCGAGAACAUUUCUUAUGCAUGAUCUUGUGCGAGAGGUAACCUCAGUAACUGCUCAAAAGGAGAAGUUUGCUGCCAUACAUGGCACUGCUGGCGUAGCCCAUGUUUCCCAGAAAGCCCGUCGCUUAUGCGUCCAAAAAGUUGUUGAUUCCCAAAAUUAUUUAGCAAGUUCACAUCUACGAUCAUUCAUUUUGUUUGACACUGUAGUGCCAUCUUCCUGGAUAUAUGACGUCUCAUCACAUUUCAGGCUGCUGAGAGUGUUAUGUCUAAGAUUUACCAAUAUUGAACAAGUGCCAGAUGUGGUCACAGAACUAUAUAACUUGCGUUAUCUGGAUAUUUCAUACACAAAAGUCAAAUGGAUAUCGCCCUCAUUCAGAAAACUUGUGAACCUACAAGUUUUAGAUCUCCGAUUCAGCUAUGUGAAGGAGCUGCCUUUGGAAAUAACUAUGCUAACAAAUUUACGUCAUUUACAUGUUUGUGUAGUCCACGAUAUUCAAGAAAGAUCAUUGAAUUGCUUCAGUGAUACAAAAUUUCGUGGCAACAUUUGUGGUCUAAAGAAUCUUCAAGCUUUACAUACUGUUUCAACCAAUAAAGAUUUGGUCUUACAGCUGGGAAAUUUGACAAUGAUGAGAAGCUUGAGCGUUAUGAAAGUGCGGCAAAGCUACAUUGCUGAGUUAUGGAACUCCCUGACUAAGAUGCCUAACCUGAGCAGACUGCUUCUUUUCGCGUCUGAUAUGGAUGAGAUUCUAAACUUGAAAAUGUUAAGGCCGCUGCCAGAUCUGAAGCUCCUCUGGUUGGCAGGAAAGUUAGAUGGAGGCACGGUCCCAUCGCUAUUUUCUAAGUUUGAGAAAUUAACACUAUUAAAAAUGGACUGGACUGGUCUGAAGAAGGAUCCUAUUCGCUCCUUCUCUCACAUGUCAACUCUAGUUAAUCUGGGGCUCCGUGGGGCAUAUGGUGGGGAACAUUUAUCUUUUUGUGCAGGAUGGUUCCCCAAGCUUAAAUAUCUGCAACUUGCUGAUAUGGAACAUCUGAGUUGCAUUUUGAUGGAGGAUGGAACAAUGAUAGGUCUACAUCAUUUGGAACUUAUUGGUUUAAGGAAUAUAAGGGCAGUACCCAAGGGUAUCAAGUACAUCAGGACACUCCAUCAGAUGUUUCUAACUGACAUGCCGAUGGAGUUUGUUGAAAGCCUGCGAGGAAGUGCCAGUCACAUUGUUCAGCAUGUAACUAACGUCCAUAUUUUUGACUCCUCUGAUUCUGAAGCAGUGAAUAACUUCAUAUUUUGGCCUCACCUUUCCAAGAAGUAUGGCUCUGGUGCAGCUAAGUAUGACCCUACAGCAGAAUGAGGGUUCAUCUGGAACUUGGCAGUUCGACGUGGGAGAUUUCAGCAAGAAAUUUGCAGUUCCUCUGUAGGCCAAUCUUCUUGAGCAUCGAACAGAUCUUCAAUAUGCACUCAUAGAUUGAUUCAAGCAAAAUCCACCAUUAACACAUGGGGAAUGAAGCACGUGGAAGUAAAAAAAAUUUGUGCAAUUUGCUGAUAAAUGCCCAUCAGGGGAGAGAGGUCUAAGUCUGAUGGACAACUAGAAUCUAGUUACGAUUCGCAUGUCUCAGAGACUACUGGGAAGGCAGGCAGUGCUUGAGAGUGGCUCCCUUCUUUAUGUGCCGAAUAACGAACAGGGUUCUGUCCAGAGCAGGGUAACUAUUACCUGCAUGGCUGCAUGCCGUGUUAGAUGUGUGCUGUAGCUUAAAUGGCGACAAUUUUUCAUUAUUUGCUCUUGUGUUUGUUGAUGAACUGCGAAGCCUAAUGUAAUCAGAUUACAGACGUGUGAUGUGUGUUUGUGCUCUUUGUUUGGUUGGAGUUGGACAAUGCAACGGUGCCAAUUUGAUCGCAUCCCCAAUUUCACUCGUUCUG